AUGGGAGCGGACGGAGAUAUCCUAAUCAUCGGCGGAGGACUUGGUGGGCUGUGUCUAGCGCAGGGCCUCUACAAGGCAGGUAUCCCGUUCCGGGUCUUUGAACGCGACGCAAACGCAUCUUGGAGGCCCCAGGGCUAUCGGCUACGCCUGGGCGGCGAGGGCGCGAAUGCGCUAAAGGAGACACUUUCGCCAGAGCUGUGGGAGCGGUUCGAAAAGACAUGUAGCAUCGCUGAACUCGGCGAGACUGACAUCAAUGCCAUCGACGGCUCCGUGUUCGCCAGCAGGGCCGGCGGCGGCCCUGCUCGAAAGGGGUUGAAACCGUAUACCUGCGACCGCAAGGUGCUGCGAGAUAUCCUGCUGACUGGCCUGGAGGACAAGAUAUCGUACGGCAAGGAGCUGGCCCGCUAUGAAAUCGUUGCUGGGGCGGUCAUCGCAUACUUCCAGGACGGCACGACUGCUAGCGGCCGCUUCUUAGUCGGCGCCGACGGCAGGGGCUCCGUGACGAGAAGCCAGUUCCUCCCAGGUAAUGAGCCUCUCGACACCGAAGGCAUGUGUAUCUACGGCAAGACACUCAUCACCCCAGAGCUGGUCGAAUGGUUUCCCGCGCGCGCCAUGCGGUGGAUGACGCUUGUUGUCGACCGCACGCCCAUAACGCAGACGCUCGACUUCGACGACACGGCCGUGACGCUUCUGCUGGAACCCAUCCGCUUCCCCAGGAGAAACGAUGGAUUCGACGAAUACGUGCCGGCAGACUACAUGUACUGGGUCCUUAUUGCACGAAAGCACAUCUUCAACCUCCCAAACGGCGUGCCGCUGUCCAAAUACACAGGGGCAGACGCAGCGGCGAUAUCGCUCCGCGUCACCGACUGCUGGGACCCCCGCAUCCGCUCUAUCCUACACCUACAGGACAAGACGCAGUCCAGCCUGCUCAGGGUCCUGUCAGCGAGCCCGGACAUCAAGCCUUGGGUGCCGUCGGACAAGGCUACGGUGAUUGGGGACGCCGUCCACGCGAUGAGCCCUUGCGGAGGUGUAGGCGCUGUGACGGCGCUGGUGGACGGCGCCAGUCUCGCUAGGACAAUUGCUACCGAGGGAAUCUCGGCAGAGAGCAUUGGGGAGUUUGAAAAGGCCAUGCGCGAAUUUGCUGGAGCCAGCAUUCGUAGGAGCUACAUUGGGGGACGCAAAUUGUUUGGACAAAAGCCAUUUGAGGAGUGCAGUCAUGUGACCAGGUUAUUUAGUAUCACGUGA